AUGGUGUGGGGUUGUUUUUCAGGAUUUGGGCUUGGCCCUUAGUUCCAGUAAAAGGAACUUUGAAUGCCCCAGGAUACCAAAACAUUUUGGACAAUUCCAUGCUCCCAAACUUGUGGGAACAGUUUGGAGCGGGCCCCUUCCUCUUCCAACAUCACUGUGCACCAGUGCACAAAGCAAGGUCCAUAAAGACAUGGAUGAUAGAGUCUGGUGUGGAUGAACUUGACUGGCCUGCACAGAGUCCUGACAUGAACCCGAUAGAACACCUUUGGGAUGAAUUAGAAGGGAGACUGAGAGCCAGGCCUUCUCGACCAACAUCAGUGUGUGACCUCACCGAUGCACUUUUGGAAGAAUGGUCGAACAUUUCUAUAAACACACUCCGCAACCUGGUGAACAGCCUUCCCAGAAGAGUUGAAGCUGUAAUAGCUGCAAAAGGUGGACCGACAUCAUAUAGAACCCUAUGGGCACUUCAAGUUCAUAUACGUAAAGUUCUCCGUCUUUCUGGCGGUCUUCAUGAGCCCGGUAACAUCAGCUAUGAGAUGGUGCUCUGUCUCCUCGCCACCUGGAUCAUUGUUUACUUCUGCAUGUGGAAGGGAGUUAAAUCUACAGGCAAGGUUGUAUACUUCACAGCUCUGUUCCCCUAUGUGGUUCUGGUUGUUCUGUUGGCCCAUGGUGUCACCUUACCUGGAGCUCUAGAUGGGAUUUUAUAUUACCUAAAACCAGAUUGGUCCAAACUGGGAGAAGCACAGGUGUGGAUUGAUGCUGGUACCCAGAUUUUCUUCUCCUAUGCCAUCGGGCUGGGUGCCCUGACUGCACUGGGCAGCUACAACCGCUUCCAUAACAACUGUUACCAAGAUGCGUUUGUGCUGGCCCUCAUUAAUAGUGGAACCAGCUUCUUUGCCGGCUUUGUCGUGUUCUCUGUGUUGGGCUUCAUGGCUGCAGAGCAAGGUGUGGACAUCAGUAAGGUAGCUGAGAGUGGACCCGGCCUGGCCUUUAUAGCGUACCCCAAGGCUGUAACUCUGAUGCCAAUGGCCCCACUCUGGGCUGCACUCUUCUUCUUUAUGUUGCUCAUAUUGGGCCUCGACAGUCAGUUUGUCGGAGUAGAGGGUCUGAUAACCGGAAUCAUGGACAUGCUUCCCCCCAAAUCUACCCUGGGUUCCUUGCGGCGAGAGGUGGUGGCAGCCAUCUGCUGCGUCAUCUGCUUCCUCAUUGACAUGUCUAUGGUCACAGAGGGAGGGAUGUAUGUCUUCCAAUUGUUUGACUACUAUUCUGCCAGCGGCAUCACUCUGCUGUGGCAGGCUUUCUGGGAGUGUGUGGUCAUUGCUUGGGUCUAUGGCGCAGACCGUUUCAUGGAUGAUGUGUCCCGUAUGAUUGGUUAUCAGCCCUUACCCUACAUGAAGUGGUGCUGGUCUUAUGUAACACCCUUUGUCUGUGUGGGAGUGUUCUUCUUUCAUGUAGUGAACUACAAGCCCCUAACCUACAACACUGUGUACACCUACCCCUUGUGGGGUGAAAUGCUUGGCUGGGCAUUGGCUCUCUCCUCUAUGCUUUGUAUCCCACUGACUGUUGUCUACAAGUUGCUGCGCUGCAAAGGAUCACUGCGGGAGCGAUGGCAGCACCUAACCACACCAGUUUGGGGCAGACAUCACCUGGAUUACCUCGCCCCAGAAAGCGAAGCCAAACUGCUGCCCCCUGCAGAAUCCAAGAAUGCCCAUCUCUUUGAAAGUGUCAUCUAAUAGUCAAAGCCCCUUAGAGCUCAGGAGCAAAAAUUGUCCUUUAACAUCAGCAAUCAGCACCCUCACACUCAUUCACCAGUUACUAAAAAUACUUACACACCACACUGGACUCGUAGGGCAAAGUGUACCCUACGAUCUUGGAACUAUUGAAUAAGACUCACACAAAUGGACCAAAUAUUAGAUUGGAAAAUACAUUAAUACAGUUAUGAAAACUUCUUUGACUCUACUAACUGACUAGUGCUAAUUUUUUCUGAUGCUUGCUUCUUGUGCUGUCCUGUCUCUUGUGAUACGUCCCUUGUAGUUGCACUUAGGCGCUUUCCGUCAGGGUUUCAAUAGCCUCAUCCCAUACUGUCACACCAUUUUGAGAAUGUUACCUGAAAAUAUUACAAUGAAACCCUGUAUCCGCUGCUGCAAUGUCAUGGUCUGAGAUGCAUGUACAGCGUGGAUGAGUAAGGGUUUUCUACCAACUGUACAAAAAACACUUCCAUUGGAAAUAUAAAAUGAAGCCAAUCCAUCUCCACUUCCAAAUGUGUUAUGUACUAACUCCAGUAUCCGGUGUUUUUUAGGCUCUGUGAUUCAGUGUUAUCAAUAUUCAGACUGCAUCAUGAUCAGUAUUUUCACCCUAAGAGAAAGUUAGACUAAUGUGCGCUACAUGGAAGGAAAGGGGACAGUGUGGACUGUAUUGAAAUACUCAAUAAAAGACCAACAUCUAA